AUGUUGAUACAGAGUUCCCUACCUAAUUCAGUUGAACCUACUCCAUUUGAUGUGUCUGACCAUAGGAAACAGAAUUUAUUUUGCGACUGGAUGCCUGGUACUGAAAUUUGGCAGAUGCCACCAAAAUGUCACGAACACUGCCACAAUUGCUGUAAAGAAGCUGCUUCAAUCACCAAGGAAAAGGGGAGCAACAAUUAUUCAUGCCCGUUAAGUUUUGCGAGAAGUCCUCAUCCACCAACCAUCAGUAAAAUGUCUGAAAGUUCUGCACCUAAUUCUGUGUAUAGUAGAAGGAAGUUACAAGAAAACACUAGUGACUCUUUAACAGCAAUCACAAAGAAAAGCGGAGAGGAUUGUCUUUAUGUCAUCAGUUCUGAUGGUCCUUCAGUUCCAGUUAAGGAGCACUAUGUAGUUUCUGAAGCUGAGCAUGAAACUGAAGUUGUUAGAGUACCUCUCAGGCCUCCGAUAGUAUGCAAUGGAGCAGAAUAUUCACGCCUCUCAUCUUUUGAAACAAGUACUCAACUCAAAACUGUCAGUUCAGUGUCUGAAAGUGCUGCCCCUAAUUUUUUUAAUGGGGGAACGAAGCUACGACACAACUCUGUUUCCUUUUUAUCAGCAAUGGCAAAGAGAAGUGGAGAGGAUUCUCUUUCUCUAACCAGUUCUGAUGGUCCUUCAGCUGCAUGGAAGGACCAACACCUAAUUUCUAUGCAUGAGCAUGGAGAUGCCCCUAUGCCUCAUCCUCCAGUGUACAACAGAGCUGAUUCUCCAUGCCCAUUAAGUUUAGAAAGAACUUCUUAUCUACCAACUGCCAGUACAAUGUCUGAUAGUUCUUCACGAAAUUUUGUAUACAGCAGAAAGAAGUUGCGAGGAAACUCUGCUACCUUUUUAUCAGCACAGGUCCCUGCAAUGGCAAAGAGAAGGGGCCAGGAUUGUCUUUCUGUAAUCAGUUCCGAUGAUCCUUCAGCUGCGUGUAAGGAGCAAGGUCUAAUUUCUCAACUUGAGCAUGGAGCUGCCCUUAUGCCUCCUCCUACAGUCUACAACAGAGAUGAUUCUCCAUGGCAAUUAAGUUUACAAAGAAGUCCUCAGCUACCAACCGCCAGUAGAAUGUCUGAAAUUUCAGCACGUAACUUCGUAUACAGCAGAAGGAAGCUGCAAGGAAACUCUGUUAGCUUUUUGUCAGCACAGGUCCCUGGAAUCACAAAGAGAAGCUGCGAAGAUUGUGUUUCAAUCAUCAGUUCCGAUGGUCCUUCAGCUACGUGUAAGGAGCAACCUCUAAUUUCUCAACAUGAGCAUGGAGCUGCCCUUAUGCCUCCUCCUACAGCCUACAACAGAGAUGACUCUCCAUGGAAAUUUAGUUUGCAAAGAUGUCCUCAGCUACCAACUGCCAGUAGAAUGUCUGAAAUUUCAGCACGUAACUUCGUAUACAGUAGAAGGAAGCGGCAAGGAAACUCUGUUAGCUUUUUGUCAGCACAGGUCCCUGGAAUCACAAAGAGAAGCGGUGAAGAUUGUGUUUCAAUUAUCAGUUCUGAUGGUCCUUCACUUGCAGUUGAGGAGGCACGUGUAGUUUCUCAAGAUCAACAUGAAAGUGGAACUGGUGGAGCUCUUCCCAGGCCACCUUUAGUAAGCAAUGGAAAGCCCCAUGUUUCAAAAUCAGAAUCUAGCAGUGGAUGUUCUCUUGUUGAAGACCUGAUUUCUGAUGAAGCUUCAAAAAGAAGCAGGCCGAAAAUCAUUGAGGUUGACAGUAUAAAUGAUAGUUGCUCAUCAUCAAAGUCAAAUAUGGAGCUUGUUUCAGCUUCUACGAAGUCUGAAGGAGAUGAUAAUGGUGAGUGCUCUUCAUCCAGUGUAAUGGCAGUAGAGGUUGAAGGGGAAGAUCGGUCUGAAAAGGAGCAGUGUAUCUCUAUAAUUGGAAGGCAGGGGGCUUUUGAGGGAGUUUGGCCUGGCAGGACCCGUGCUUCUGCCAAACGAAUUGGUGAUGGUAGUGUUAGCAGCAGUUCUUGGUCAUGCAAAAAAUGUUUUCGUAAAGAAUCCCCUGUAAAGAUGCUAAUUUGUGAUAAUUGUGAGGAUCCAUUUCAUGUAUCUUGCUGCAAUCCUCGUGUAAAAAGAAUACCAAAUGGUGAAUGGUUAUGUUGUUCAUGUUUGAAGAAGAAACGAAUAAUUCCCAAGGAGAAAAUUUCCAGAAAACCUCUCAAUAUAAUUGGUGAUAUGGGCAGAUGUAGAGAUGCUUCAUCUACAGGUGAAUCAAAUCGUAUAGCAUUAAUGUUGAGAGACACUGAGCCAUAUACAGGUGGUGUUCGAGUUGGUAAAGGUUUUCAAGUAGAAGUUCCAGAUUGGUCAGGUCCAAUUAUCAAGUAUGUCAUUUUGCUAAUCCUCUUAAUUUUGAAUUUGUGA